GAUGCAGUAAGAGGAGGAGCAACACUGGAAAGAGGAGAGAUACAAGAAAUUAAAUUUGUCAGAGUGUCAGCCACGCUGCAGUAGAGACAAGACUCUGUUUCUCUCUGAAAGAAAACUCAAACUGACUUCAUCAGGUCUUUCUCAACAACACAGCAGAGUCUCUGCCAAACACUGAUAUGGCUGCUGCAAACUACCUGUCAUCUGAAGAUCAGUUUCUGUGCUCCAUCUGUCUGGAUGUGUUCACUGAUCCUGUCAGCACACCAUGUGGUCACAACUUCUGCAAGAACUGCAUCACUGAACACUGGAAUACUAGUAACAGGUGCCUUUGUCCCAUCUGUAAGGAGGGUUUUACCACAAGACCUGAUUUGAGGGUCAACACUUUCAUCUCUGAGAUGGUUGCUCAUGAGGAAGAUGCAGACAGAGAGAUAGCAGAAGGUGUUCAGGUCUUCACUUCUCUGAAGGAGUCUGUUGAGAGAGGCCUGAAUGAGCUCAUCAACACGAUCAAGGAGAAGCAGAAAACAACAGAAAAACAGGCCGAAGCUUUCAUCAAAGAGCUGGAACAGGAAAUCUCUGAGCUGAUGAAGAGGAGCACUGAGGUGGAGCAGCUCUCACGCUCUGAAGACCACCUCCAUCUUCUCCAGAGUGUCCAGUCCCUAAACAUCCAACAACCUCCACCCACCAAGGACUGGACACAGGUCAGCAUCCGUCCAUCAUCAUAUGAGGGGACUGUGGUGAAAGCUGUGGUUCAGCUGGAGGAGAUACUCAGUAAAGAGAUGAAGAAGCUGCUUGAGUCUGAGCUGAAGAGGGUCCAGCAGUAUGCAGUGGAUGUGACUCUUGAUCCUGAUAUAGCACAUCCUGAUCUCAUCCUGUCUGAUGAUGGAAAACAUGUGAAUCUUGGUGAUGUGAGGAAGAAUCUCCCAGACAACCCAGAGAGAUUUUCUAAGUGUGUUUGUGUUUUAGGAAAACAGAGUUUCUCUUCAGGCAGAUUUUACUUUGAGGUUCAAGUUAAAGGAAAGACUGACUGGGUUUUAGGAGUGGCCAGAGAGUCGAUCAACAUGAAGGGAGAAAUCACACUGAGCCCACAGAAUGGUUUCUGGACUAUAUGGUUGAGAAAUGGAAAUGAGUACAAAGCUCUAGCUAACCCUGAUGUCCUUCUCUCUCUGAAGUCUCCUCCUCAGAAGGUGGGGGUGUUUGUGGAUUAUGAGGAGGGUCUGGUCUCCUUUUAUGACGUAGAUGCUGCAGCUUUUAUCUAUUCCUUUACUGGCUGCUACUUUACUGAUAAACUAUUACCAUUCUUCUGUCCGUGUAGAAAUGAUGGUGGUAAAAACUCUGCCCCUCUGAUCAUCUCUCCUGUCAGAGUAAACUAA